AUGCUACAGCCUCUCGAUAUAGAUCUCGCUGCCUACCAGAUAUCCACCAAGUGCGGUUUCUUGCCCGAAGAACCGCCCGUCGCAAGGCUCAAUGACUCAUACUACGAUCCAUGGGAAUGUCUACUUUCAGAUCUCCCACGACUUCUCGUGGAGGGCCUUGCUCGAGAAGAAAUUGACAGACUGCCGGUUCUGUCAACAAAGAGGCUAAGUUCCGAGCCCAUGUGGCGGAGAGCCUAUGUGAUACUGUCCUUCCUAGCACAGGCAUAUAUAUGGGAAAGGGGAAUUGUCAGAAAUACUCUCCCGCCCUCUAUUGUACGUCCCCUGCUGGACGUUGCCCAACAUCUUGAACUCAAGCCGUGUGCCACCUUUGCUGCGUUUUGCCUUUGGAACUUCUCCGUUCAGAGGUCAGAUGACGAGCCGGGCGAGAUUAGUAUUACACAACCAGAAAAUCUGCCCACAAUCUCGUCAUUGAGCAACACUCAAGAUGAGUCCUGGUUCUUCAGCAUCUCCAACGCUAUUGAGGCUCGCGGAGGACCAAUCAUCUUCUCGCUCUUGACGGCCCUCCGUGCGGUGCAGUUAAAUAAUGUAUCGCAGCUGGAGCAAUUCCUGCAAGAGGUCAGUGCGAGCCUGGAGGAGAUCCGCCGCACUCUCGAGCGUAUAUCCGAGCGGUGUGAACCGUGGGUCUUCUACGAUGAAGUGCGGCCAAUGCUCUGCGGCAGCCGCAAUGUGACCUCAACUGGCUUCCCAAACGGGGUGUUCUACGUUCACGGCGAAGUGCCCACUGAGGGACAAUGGCACGCAUACUCGGGCGCAAGCAACGCCCAGAGCUCCACCAUCCAGUUAUUCGAUGUUAUUCUAGGAGUUCAACACGAGGCUUCCGCGAACGGCGCCGCGGUCGGAGAGUCCAAGAUGGGAUAUCUCCAGGAGAUGCGGCACUAUAUGCCUGGACCCCACAGACGAUUCUUGGAACUCAUGGAAGAGAGGUGCACCAUCCGGGCCUUUGUUCUGAGCCAACCACCCGACUCGGAAGUGCAGAAGCUCUACCAAAUUGCGGUGCUGGAGCUCAGGGCGCUUAGGGAUACGCAUUUGUCUAUUGUGUCACGCUACGUGAUCAUUCCUGCGAUGAGACACAAGGCGCGGCGUUGCAGCUUGGGAUGCACAGACCUGAUUGGAACUGGUGGGACGGAGAUGAUUUCGUUCCUUAAGAAUAGUCGAGAUGAGACGGACGCGGCGUCUCGUCUUCAAUGA